AUGGCCUCAAACUACUCGCCCAAAUACUUUAAUAUCAAUUUCCCACAAGAAUAUGUCGCCCACGUCGAGAUCAACCGGCCGAACCAGCUAAAUGCGUUCUUCGAGGCCAUGUGGCUCGAACUCGGCCAACUCUUCGCCCAGCUCUCUACUGACCCCGCCGUUCGCGCAAUAGUCAUCUCCGGCGCUGGCACUAAAGCAUUCACAGCCGGCCUCGAUGUAAAAGCCGCGUCGCAGGGCCUCCUAUCAUCAGACUCCAAGGCCAGUGACCCCGCGCGCAAGGCUGUGCACCUCCGCCGCGAAGUCGGCUCGUUCCAAGAUUGCGUCUCAUCCAUUGAGAAAUGCGAGAAGCCCGUCAUCGUCGCCAUGCAUGGUUUCUCACUCGGUCUGGCGAUUGACCUCUCCUCUGCUGCGGAUGUGCGCUUCUGUGCGAAAGAUACGCGCUUCGCGGUUAAAGAAGUGGAUAUUGGGCUUGCGGCGGACGUGGGUACACUAAGCCGACUGCCCAAGAUCGUGGGUAACUAUGGCUGGGUAAAGGAUGUUGCGCUGUCAGCGAGGUUGUUCGGGGCAGAGGAGGCACUGAGCGUUGGCUUUGUUAGUCGUGUAUUUGAAACGAAGGAGGAGGCUGUUAAGGGGGCGAUUGAGCUUGCGGCUCUUAUUGCAAGUAAGAGCCCUGUGGCGGUGCAAGGGACGAAAGAGCUGUUGAAUUGGUCGAGGGAUCAUACGGUGCAGGAUGGUCUCCGAUACACAGCGGUAUGGAACAGUGCCGCGCUGCAGACCAGCGACGUCCAAUCGGCAUUACUGUCGGGUAUCCAAAAACGGAAGCCAACUUUUGAGAAACUGUAG